UUAAGGCUUUUAUUACGAACGAUUAUUUGAUUUUAAGAUGAAUUCAAAUUACAAUAAUUCAUCUACAAUAUUGACAGUCAAAAUACCACAACAAAUCAUCAGAAAACGUUUUGGAAACCUGUGUAACAGUGAAAAUCUAGCCGACAUUUAUUUUAUUCUUAAAAAGGAUAAAGAACAACGGCGAAUUCCGGCUCAUAAAUUUGUUUUGUCUCUUGGAAGUGAAGUAUUUAAAAAAAUGUUUUUUGGAAGUUUAGCAAUCAAAAGUGAUACAAUUGGGAUAACCGACGUUGAACCGGCUGCAUUUAUGGUAUUACUUAAUUUUUUGUAUUUUAAUGAAGUACAAAUUAAUUUUAAAAUAGUUACGCAUACUUUAUAUGUAGCUAAAAAAUAUGUUGUACCUGCAUUAGAAAAACAUUGUGUCGACUUUUUAAAAAAAAAUUUAACUACCGAUAAUGUUUUUUUAUUGUUAAAACAAGCUCUUUUAUAUGAUAAACCAGAUUUAAAGGAAUUAUGUUUAACUGUGAUUGAGAAAAAUACAACGGAAGUAUUGGAAGCUAAUGGUUCUAAUGAUAUUGAUUUGAAACUUUUAAUAUUGAUUUUAAAACAAGAUAAAUUACAAGUCUUUGAAUCAAAAUUAUUUCAAUACAUUGUGUGGUGGUCAGAAAUCGAAUGUGCGAGAAAAAAAUUACCUGUAACACCCAAAAAUCAACGUUCAGUUUUGGGUGAAGCACUUACUUUAAUACGUUAUUCAUUUAUGACAAUCAAAGAAUUUAUAAAAGGGCCAAUUCAAAGUGGAUUAUUAACUGAGAUGGAAAUUAAACAAUUUUUGCAAGAUAUAGCAUUAAACGCAAAUUCUAUGGAAAGGCCAAGAUGUAGUAACAGCCAUCUUGAGAGCCGUUUAAAAUUCUAUACUGAAAUGACACCGAUAACAAUGAUGCAAUUUUUUAGUGAAACAAAACCAAGGCCGAAAGAAUUAAAAUCUGUAAACAAUUAUUUUAACGUUAAACAGAAUAUAUUUGUUGUUGGUUUUAUUGUACUCAACAUUUUCAGACAUAAAUCAAAUGUAAAAUUAACAUUGGAGAAAUAUGAACCACUUGAACAGAAGUUCACUGUGAGUCAAAGCAACAAUUUAAUUCCUGCACCAGACGUAUUAACUUUUAUGUUUGACAAGCCAAUUAUGUUACCUACUGCUGGAUCUGUUGAUCGUUCGUACGCUUACGGUCUUGAAACUAGCUUUGACGAGUUAGCUGAGGAUGAUGUAAAUCCGAUUUGGAAGCCAUUGAAAACUGGUGAAAUUGAACAAUGUGGGCAAAGAAAGAAGAAAAUGAAUGAGUAUUUUGAUUGGGGCAUCGGAUACGAUCCUAAUAUUAUUUAUGCCAGAGGUUCUGCCCGAGAUCUAGCGCACGUUACCAGAAAUUCUGAUGAUGUACAGGAUCUAAUUUAA